AGAAGGUUGAUCCGAUAUUUUUUAAAAAGGUGCAAUGGAACGGAAAUUAUCUAUUAAUUUCCUCUUAUAAUGGCGAUUUAGUGAAUGUAUUCUGUUUGGAAAAUUCUAGAAAUAAUCAACCUUCAACUAUUUUAUCAAUUCAAGAAGAAUUGGAGUUGGCUAUCAGACAUGAAGACAGUAGUGACAAUGAAGAAAACAAUUAUGAAGCAAACUUGGAUUAUUUGCAUAGAAUAUUAGAUAAGACUAAAAUGCUUUUAGAAGAAUCACGCAACAAACCCAAAGGACAUUUAUGGCUAAAAAACGUUCGUUCAAACUUUAAAUCAUUAGAAAAAAUGAAUAAUGAUAUUACGGCAUUAAAUAAUU